AGAAAAGUAUAAACAUGAUAAAUGACUGCUGCUUUUCCAUGUUAUUUUAUAAACAUUAUACUAGUAACACGAUGACAACUGUUGUACAAAUGCACGUUUAUUUGAUCUUGUUUUGGGGAUUUGUUGCAUUUAUAGAGGUAAACUCAAAAGGCCUUGGAGCUUGUCCUAAAUUUGACUUUGCAUCAGCAUGUGUUAUCGAUUUUAAAUUCCAUUGUCUUGUACAAAAGCAAUGCCCAUCAGGAUAUCGAUGCUGUCCCCAUGGUUGCAAUAAACGAUGUGCGGCAGUGACAGUUGAUGGUAAACACCCAGGGUCCUGUGGUGCUGCCUAUGGUAAACAAGGAAAAGCAUGUAAAGUGGAUAGAAGUUGUGAGGGACAUGAAAAGUGUUGCUAUGGGAAAUGCCGAGAAGUCAGAACACAAAUUGUUAGAGUUCUUUAUCCUAUCAAAAGUUAGACCAUUGUUAAAAAAAAUAUAGAUUUAUCAAUUUUACAUACUUUAUCAGUAAAUCACUGUUUGUCAUUAUUGCAAUAAAAUAAAUUCAGUACAAUUUGUUUAAUUUGA